AUGGCUGCGCGCUGGGGGCGCUCGCUGCUGCUGCUGCUGCUGCUCCUGGCCGCCCUGGCGCUGGGCGCGGAGGACGAUGACGUCCCGGAGGAGUGGUUGCUGCUGCAUGUGGUGCAGGGUCACAUCGGUGCCGGUAACUACAGCUACCUGCGGCUGAACCACGAGGGCAAGAUCGUGCUUCGCAUGCGCAGCCUACGGGGCGACGCCGACCUCUACGUGUCUGACACCACCCUGCACCCCAGCUUUGAUGACUACGAGCUGCAGUCGGCCACCUGCGGCCAGGAUGCGGUGGCCGUCCCUGCGCACUUCCAGCGCCCCGUGGGCAUCGGCAUCUACGGGCAUCCGUCGCACCUGGAGAGCGAGUUCGAGAUGAAGGUGUACUACGACCGGAGUGUGGAGUGGCAGCACUUUGGCGAAGGCGGCUACUCUGCCGAUGGGGUGGCCUCGGGCCAGCACACCUACGACCCCGAGGACGCGCCCCAGGAGGAAGAGUCGCUGCUGUGGACGGUUCUGAUUAGUAUUCUGAAGCUGGUACUGGAGAUCCUCUUCUGA